AAGGCCCCGAGGAAGCAGUUGGCGACCAAGGCCGCGAGGAAAAGCGCCCCGGCCACCGGUGGAGUGAAGAAACCUCACCGCUACCGUCCGGGAACCGUCGCCCUCCGUGAAAUCCGUCGCUACCAAAAGAGCACGGAGCUCCUCAUCCGCAAACUGCCCUUCCAGCGUCUCGUCCGUGAGAUCGCCCAGGACUUCAAGACCGACCUGCGUUUCCAGAGCUCGGCGGUGAUGGCCCUC